ACCCAGUUAAAGGUAGUGAAAUCAGAAAAACCCGUCCUUGCCUAAUAAUUAGUAAUGACGAGCAGAAUGAAAUUAGUCGAAGAGUAAUGGUCAUUCCUUUAACUAGUAGCAGAAAAUUACCAUCAGUUCCUUUUCAUGUUAGUCUUGUUUUUCAAAAUAAGUUAGCCAAAAUUUUGCCUGAACAAAUGCGAGUGGCUGAUAAAUCCCGGAUUAAAGGAAAGUAUUUAGGGAGAGUUAGUUGGGAAGUUUUAAGGGAG